AUGAAACAAAGAGGCAGCGGGGAACAGAGGGAGCGACGGCAUUUGGCAACAUUUAUGCUUGCUUUGUUUCUGUUGUGGAGCGGGGCUUCGGCGCAGAUAAGGUACUCCAUCUCUGAGGAGUUGACGGAAGGAACUGUCGUGGGGAACAUAGCGAAGGAUUUGGGUCUAGAUCUGAACUCCUUGAAACAGAGAGGAUUUAGAAUCGUUUCUGGAUCGAAUGAGCCUCUCUUUCAGGUAAAUCAGAAUAACGGCAUAUUGUACGUGAAACGUAAAAUUGACCGAGAAGAGAUGUGCGAGCAAAGCAACGUUUGUCUGAUAAAUCUGAAAACCGUGUUAGAAAAUCCUCUUGAAAUCCAUUAUGUGGCAGUGGAGGUGCUGGAUGUGAACGACCACUCUCCCGGUUUCCCAGAGAAAGAAAAACUAUUGGAGAUUUUUGAGUCAGUUUUACCCGGCGUAAGAUAUCAGCUGAAAGCUGCACACGAUUUAGACGGUGGCGUCUUUGCUGUUCAGCGCUAUAAACUGAGUCACAAUGAUUAUUUCCGUUUGGAAGUGAAAGACAAAGGUGAAGAUGGAAAAAGUCCCAUAUUAGUUUUACAGAAGCCUUUAGACAGAGAGGCUAUACAGAGCCAUACAUUGGUGCUGACAGCAAUUGAUGGGGGAAAACCACCCAAAUCGGGGACCAUGGAAAUACAAGUAAAAGUAUUAGAUGUAAAUGAUAACCCUCCUAUCUUCUCAAAGGAUGUUUACUCGGUAUUGCUUAAUGAAAAUGCAGAUUUAGGUACAACAGUCAUGCAGGUAAACGCAACUGACUUGGAUGACGGUCUAAACGGAGAUGUAAUGUAUUCGUUUGGAAAUAGUGUCAACGACAGGUUAUUCAAAUUAUUUAAUAUAAAUGCCAUAACAGGUGAAAUAACUGUAAAAGGGCCAAUAGAUUUUGAAGUGAAAGACAGAUAUGAAAUCGAAAUACAAGCAUCUGACAAAGGACUUGCACCUCUCUCAACAGACAAAAGCGUAAUUAUACAAAUUGGUGAUUUGAAUGACAAUGCACCGGAGAUUGAGGUGACAUCAUUUUCAAGUGCAGUUCCCGAAGAUUGCAAGAUCGGAACUACAGUAGCUUUGAUCAGUGUUAGUGAUUUAGACUCUGGUCUCAAUGGGAAAGUUGUCUGUUCCAUCAAUGAGGAUGUCCCUUUCACGUUAACGCCAUCUUUACAAGAUAACAUGUACUCUGUAGUUACCAAGUCACCUUUGGAUAGGGAAAAACAAUCUCAGUAUGACGUAACAAUAGUUGCUAAAGACGCAGGACAACCAUCCUUGUCGUCUGUAAAGACUAUCAGCGUUACUGUAUCAGAUGUGAAUGAUAACAGUCCAAAGUUUUUAAUGAGCCCCUACACUUGUUAUAUUACUGAAAAUAACGAGCCAGGUGCUAGAAUGUUUACCGUUAGUGCAUCUGAUCUUGAUGAGAAAGAAAAUGCUCUUGUCUCCUAUCAUAUUGUCAGAGAUAGAGAAGACAACCAAUUUGCAUCUUUGCUAAAUGUUAACUCUGAAAAUGGAGACAUUUUGGCACUAAAAAGUUUUGACUUUGAAACUUUGAAAACAUUUAAAUUCCAAGUUGUUGCAACAGACUCUGGAACUCCGGCGCUAAGCAGCAACGUCACAGUGAAUGUGUUCCUUCUGGAUCAGAACGACAACGCUCCAGUGAUCUUGUAUCCAGUCAGCGCUAACGGUUCUGCUGAAGGUGUGGAGGAGAUUCCCCGCAAUGUGAACGCAGGACAUUUGGUGACUAAAGUGAGAGCCUAUGACGCAGAUAUAGGAUAUAACGGCUGGUUGUUGUUUUCACUGCAGAAAGUUAGUGACCACACACUCUUUUCUCUGGACCGCUACACAGGACAGAUAAGGACACUUCGGUCCUUCACAGAGACAGACGAGGCUGAACAUAAACUGGUCAUACUUGUCAAAGACAAUGGAAACGUUUCCCUCUCAGCAACAGCUACUGUGAUCAUCAACGCUGUGGAGCCCAAAGAGGCUUUUGCAGCUUCUGAUGUUAAAAGCUCAGUCAAAGAGGAAGAUGAGAACAAUGUUACAUUCUAUUUGAUCAUCACUUUGGGGUCGGUUUCAACUCUUUUCCUGGUCAGUAUCAUCGUGUUGUUUGUAAUGCAGUGUUCUAAAACCCCAGAUUAUUCCUCCAAUUAUUUACAAGAGACGAACUAUGACGGGACACUUUGCCACAGCAUCCAGUACAGAUCCGGAGAAAAACGGUACAUGUUAGUUGGACCCAGAAUGAGUAUAGGUUCUACUAUAGUCCCGGGCAGCAAUGGGAAUACUCUGGUGGUCCCCGAUCACAGAAGGAGUGCGUCUGGAGAGGUAAGCUGA